AUGGCUCAGUUGGUAACAACCUCGACUAACAAUCCAACAACAUCCGAAGACCUUGGUUCGAUCGCAAGCUUCCUCCGCCAAUUUCUACUCGUCCAUUCAAACACUUCUCAUCGACUUCUCGCUUCAUCAACAGCGCAUUAA